UCCAUCCUCCUCCCGCUACCUGCUUAGCACCCGAGCUAACCUCUCUUAGAUCAUCCUCAUUUGGGGCAUUUUAGGGAGAGAUUUUUAGCGAAACCCGCAUUUUGGCCGCAGCGUUACACCUUUUGCGCCGCUCCACCUUCCGCCCAGAGCUGACGCGCCGCGCUGUCGUUGUGUUCGGUGCAGGGAGACGGCGCAGGGAUGGCGGAGGUCCCCGGGACAUCCAGCGAGACGAUCACGGAGACGGUGCAGACGACCACGCCGCCGCCACCCCAGCAGGAGGGCCGGAGUCUGACCAUCAAACUGAGGAAGAGGAAGACGGAGAAGAAGGUGGAGUGGUCCAGUGACACAGUGGACAAUGAGCACCUGGGCAGGAGGUCUUCAAAAUGCUGUUGUAUCUACGAGAAGCCCAGGCAGUUCGGCGAGUCUUCCUCCGAGAGCGAGGGCGACGACGACGACGAGGGCUGUGGGAGCGCGCACUGCAUCAUGGGACACGGCAGGAGGGGCCACGGGCACACGGAGGGCACGGGGGGCAACGCGGCGCCCCCUAACUCCGGAGGAACACACACGCACUGAACGCACACACACGAGAGCACACAGCUACGCACUUGACUUUAGUUUAUAAGUAGUUUCCAUCUCACAGACCACGUCCACAACCAUAGACUGUAUUUAGAAAUGGAAAUAGCAGGAAGUGAACACGGCGCCGCUUCUGGCUCCAUCGAGUCUGGCUCCAAUUGACUUAACACUGAAAAAUCGUCGCCCCUCUCUUUGUAACUGCUGCUAUGAGCCUCGUCAUUUUGGUCUUAAAAUGUAUUAACCCGCUCUACAUGAUCCUGGGGUUUUUAUUUUGCCCGUUAAAGCUGCACUGUGUAACUUUUCUUAUGGAGCGCCCCUCAAACGCUUUUCUCCAUGGAGAUGUUAUCGCUUUGCCUGGAAUAUUUAUUGAAAUCGGAAUUUAUUUGUCAUUCCAGUAAAUAAAAAAUACACACCGUAUGACAUUAAACGUUUCUGUCUUCACGGAAACUGAACCAGACCAAGUUACAGGUCAGAUCUGUGGAGAGGCGAGCCCACUCACAGUCAGAAUGCCUGUUUUUUUUUUUUGGUAUUUUGCGCUUAUAAAAAAAAAGUAAAUAAGGUAAGGUAGAGCUGUUUAAAGUCAUACUGCAUUUCAGGCAGAGCAACAACAUAUCCAUAAAAGCAAGAAGGUGAUGAACCCUCAACCAAAAAAGUGAAGGAGAAAUUCAAUUUGUCAGCUGGGCAAACGUUUAUUAGGUCGAAAACGUUUCGCUUCUUCAGUUCUGGUCAGAAUUGGAUGAGCUGCGAAACGUUUUUGACCUAAAUAAACGUUUGUCCAGUUGACAAAUUGAAUGUCUCCUUUGUCGUGGAUUCUACCUGGACGACUGAGGGAUUUUACACACCUCAACCGAAAAGUUACCGUAUUUUUCGGACUAUGAGACGCAAUAUCAAUAAUGUAGAAUUCUCUCGUCUGUUUUCAUACAUAAAGUGCAUUGAGCGAAACAAAACAGUCAGAUAAGUCAAAAUUUAUUCAACUCAUUCACAAUAACUCUCAACAUUGUUCUGUUGUAAGACAUAAAAUAAAAAACAAUACACUCACUUUUCCAGUCUUCCACAAAUCGAUCAAAUUCUUCAUUUUCAGUGUCUGAGUUUAACAGUUGGAGCGAUUUCGGCAUCAAGCCUCGAUCCCAUCAUUCUCGUCAUUAUCCGAGUUAGUCACGUCUCUGUUACUUCGCUGUUCAGUGAUGAUUCGGGUUUUCGUGAAAGCUCGGACGACACUUGAGACUGACCCUUAGCCCGGGCAUCCAUGAUUCAUCGGCAGAUCGUGGCUUAACUCGUCUUGGUGAAUGUGUAUUACUCCGCGAGGCUCCGUGAUGCUCCGACAAUCCAUCAAGAAGUGCAGCUUUAGUUUACCAAAGUCACACUAAAAAGUUUUGAGAGAUUUUUGAGCGCCGUGUACCACAUAAAAUCGGAUCGAGGUUAGUAAACACAACCAGAAUUAACACAUAAGGCGCAACGGAUAUUAAAAUUUUAAGAUUUUAAGUGCGCCUUAUAGUCCAAAAACAUGCUACACAGUGCACCCUUAAUAAAUUGAGCUCCAAAUUCGCUCCUGUAGCCGCCAGCGUCGAUGAGCUUCAUUUGACUGAACGCUCCCUCAGUCCACUUCUCGAUACAGUCUGUGCUCCAUCCAGGAUAUUCCAUUAGGACACUGUUGAGCUUUUAGCCGCCCACACGUGCUCCAUUUGGUCGAGCUGUCUCCUCAGAUUCACCGUCAGACCGAAGAGGGCCGCACAGACGAGGAAACGUGCAGUAUUUAAAGCUGCACUGUGUAACUUUUCUCCGUGGUGACGUUAUUGCUUUGCCUGGCACCUCCCACAGUAUGACAUUAAACAAAUAUAUAGCUUGUAUUUGUUCAAUUACAGGUUUUCAUUAUUCGAACUUACCGUAAAAAGUAACUCUAACUUUUAACUUGUCUCUAUGGAAAUUAAGUUAAAUUAAAUGCCAUACUGUGGGACAUUCCAGGGAAAAACGACACGGAGUGAACCCACACAGUGCACUUUUAAUUGUUUUAACGAACAAAGGAAAAACUACAACAGACCAAAGCCAAAAUGUAAUGUAACUCUUACGUAAUGUAUUACAGUUAAAGGGGACAUAUUAUGUAAAAAUCUAAAGUUUUUACCGUGUUAUAACUAGGGCUGUAGGACGUUAGUUGUUUUAUCAAUUAAUCGGUUGAUGGAGUCUUUAAAAAAAUGGAUUAUAAGGGUUUAUACGAUGCAACAACAGAAAAGAGGAGUGAAUGAUUGGAGUGUUUUUUAGUAUUUAUGUGUAAAAAAAAAAGCUAAUUAAACUCAUGAUUUGCAAGUUUAAUCUGUUUUUUAUAUAAAUACACUGCUUCCUAGUUCUUUUUUUCUGUGUAAAUAGUUGUUUUGAAAGAGCGCCCCCUGCUGGUUUAGUCUUGUGAGUGCAGUUUGGGCAGAUACACGGAGAUAAAAAAAGUUUUGCUUUUGCCAUGUCUUUUUAGUCGUCUACAGCCCUAGUUUUAACCGUUUUCGCUUGUUAUUAGUUUUAAUUAAUGUUUUUUGCUUUUUCGGUUGAUUCAUGCAUGUUUGAGUCAUCAUGAAUUUGAGGUUUAAGUGCACAGAAAAUCGCCGUUUUCACCUACCCCCUAUCUCCACCCCCUGAUCUGUACUAUUAUUACAGAUCUAUUGUGUAACUUUUCUGGUGGAGGGUCCAUUAAAUGCUUUUUUCUUUUUUUGGAGAUGUUAUUCUUUUUGUCUGGAAUGUUUCACAGUAUGGCAUUAAACGUUUCUGUCAUCAUGGAGACCAAACCAAGACCAAGUUACAGGUCAGAUCUGUGGAGAGGCGACCCCGCUCACAGUCAGAAGAAUGUUGUUUUUCGAGGUAUUUUUGAGCUUUAAAACCAAGUGUAAUUGAAUAAACAUAAAGUAAAGCUGUUUAAAGUCAUACUGCGGAACAUUCCAGGCAGAGCAAAGACAUAUCCGUAGAAAAAAGCAGGUGACGGACCCCGAACAACAAGUUACAAAGUGAAAAUUUUAGUUUUUACCCACUUCCCAGCUUCGCCUCUCGGAUUUAUUUCUGAUUAUUUAAAAAAAAUCUGACUCUGGGUCAUACAUUUAGGGUUCAAAAAUGUCACACAGCCAUUUUUUAACCAGAAAAACAUUUAAUUUAACAUCUGCUGGUUGCUACGGUGACAUCUCUCUAUGAAGUUCUGCAGUUUGAACGGAAAAUCUUUGGACUCAUUUCUGUUGUGAAGCUGUUGUCGAUCAGUAUUGCAGUUACACUAAACGUAAUGUAAAAAAACAAACUCCAUAUAUUUUCAUAGUUUAACACUAAAUAAAAGCAUAAUAUGUCUUCUUUAACGUCUCAGAUUGGACAGUUAUUAUGUUAAAACCGUAUGCAGAUCAAACUGUUUGUAUUAUAUCGCGCAGCUCUGUUGUGUUAUUAUUAAUUAAAACUUCACAUUUUCUCCUCGACAUAUUGGAAAUAACGACAAAAACAAAACUUAAAUGUACUUAAAGUUAAUGAACUGUGUAACUUUUCUGCUGUGGGGGUCUGUGAAUUCAGUGUGCCACCUGUUUGUCUCCAAGGCAAUGUUUUUUUUAUUUUCCUUUGCUUUGUCUAGAAUGUUCCACAAUAGAGCAUUUAAUUUGUCCAAUCUCUAUGUAAGUAAGUGCUUUUAUUUCUCAAAAAUACCUCUGAAAACUUGCAUUCUUAUCGUUUUCUGAUGUAUAACUAAGCGUGGUGGUGCACCGAGCUUUUCUGCCAUGAAGAUAAAUACGUUUAAUGCCAUACAGUGGAACAUUCCAGGCCAAACGGUAACAUCUCCAUGGAGACAGAUAACUUGGCAGACCGUAAAACUGAACGAUUUUGGGAAAAACUAUCAGAUUUUUCUUAGAUUUUUUGUAAAGUGCGCCGUGUAACUUUUUGGUUAUGGGUCCGUCAGCUUCUUGUUUCUAUGGAUACGUCAUUGCACCGCCUGGAAUGUUCCACAGUAUGACUUUAAACAGAUCUACCUUACAUUUAUUCAAUUACAGGUGGUUUUAUAGCUUAAAAAUACCUUUGAAAACCACGUAUUCUGAGUGUGAGCGGGGUCGCCUCUCCACAGAUCUGACCUGUAACCUGGUCUGGUUUGGUCUCCACGAAGACAGAAAGGUUUAAUGGCAUACUGUGGAACAUUCCAGACAAAGUAAUCACAUUUCCAUAGUUAAGAAAAGCUUUUGACACACCCUCCAUGAGAAAAGUGACACAAUUUAAAAUUACAAAAUUCGCUCUGCAAUUCUUAUUAAAUGGAUUUUGUUCUAAUUAUUGACAAAAACACAGACAAAAUAAAACAAGAAUUACUUCAAAACAUGUUUGUAAAGCUCUAAACUGCAGGUUUAACAGUUUUUAUGCAGAAUAAACCUGAAUAUUUUGUUGAUUUUUGAGGAAAUUACUGUAAAUUAAAUGAAAUUAAAGCAGUUUUUGCUCAUUGCGUUCAUUCAAAUUUCGAUUAAUCUUGUCGCCGUUCGCAAACCCUCCAACAGAAACACUACACAGUGCGUCUUUAAAUCUAAAACAUACUAUUGAAUGCAUUUGACCUUUUACUUAACCAUAUAAAACUGAGGUCAAAUAUUAUAUUAGAAGAAAACUGGACACGUUUGAAUCCUUCUGUAACAGUAAAUACGCAAAAAAACAUUAAAAUCGUUGCAGGAAAGCUGUAUUAAUAUUUUGGUAAAGCUUAAAAUACUAUAAAAAAGUCUAAAAAAAACAACCAAUGAGUACAAAAUAGCAUGAUAUGAAUUUAAUAAAACGCUUACUACACUAUAAUCAGCUUCAAAUCAAGAAAUACUCCAAUACUUGCAGUACAUGUACUAUAACGCCAUACAUUUUUCACCAUAAGCGCUGCCUGACCGUGUGUCAUGUACAAACUUUUAUUUUUUGGGAUUUUUUUUUUUUCAUAAUUUAUUUGCUUUUUUUUCUGAACCAGCUGAUACUUGACGUGCAGUGGGUUAGAGUGAGGGUUUAGUGGGAUUGGAAGAUGAGUUUUCACAAUUUAAAAGCUUUCUCUACUCCCUAAAAGAACAGUUUUCGUUGUACAAAUGUGUUUUAAAUAAUAGGAAGUGAGCAUGGGCGCGACUUCGGCUCCAUCGACACUGGCUCCAGUUGACUUAACGUUGAAAAAACGUCGCCCCUCUCUCUAAAACUGGUGUUAUUUUGGUCUUAAAAUGUUUGUAUUAACCCGUUCUAUGUGAUCCUAGGUUUUUUGUUUCGUUAUUUUGUCCGUAAAUAAAUUCAGAUUCCUAAUACGGAGCUCCAAAUUCGCUCCUCUAGCCGCCAUUGUCGUUGAGCUUCAUUUGACUGGAGCUGAACACUACUCCCACUCAGUCCACUUCUUUAUACUUCUGUAAACGUCUUUAUAAAGCAAUUUUGAAGUGCCUAUGAGAGGUUUGAAUCCUGAUUUUACCAAAACACACACUUCAAAUCAUUAUAUUUAAGAUUUAACUAAAAAAGUCACAAUUUGUUUCUUAAUUUGGCCAAUUUUUUAGGUUUCAAAUUUUACUUCCCGUUGGAAAUCAUAACAUCACUCGAUGAAAUUCUAGAAUUCUUCUUUAGCAAUUAUCUUGUACAAAAAAAAAAAAACUCCCUCUAAAGCACACAGAAAAUUACAAUUUGACAAAUAAAAUUAUAAUAAAACACCUUGAUUUUGUUGAAAUAAUGUGUAAAUUAUCGUGUGUCAUCAGUGUGGAAUUCUCUAAAAUAAAACUCUACUUUUUGUAAUUUUCAUCAUAUUUUUCCACUUUUCUUUACAAAUUGCUUUUUGAUUGGUGUGAAACUAAAACAUUUAUAUUUACAACAGAUAUUAUUCCACAAAUUUAAGCAAAAAAAAUCAUGAAAACCUGUCAUAUGCACUUUGACUUGCAGGCUCAGACAAUUCAAAGUUAUGAUGUUAAAAUGGGAAUAAGUGUGUGUAAAAUUUAAAAAAAUAACCAUCAUUUAAUGUCACUUGAACGCACCUCCAUAAGUCUUAUAAGUCUAUAUUCGUAACAUCUGAUUUGAUCUUGUAAUAUUUGAAACACAAACGUUGUAAGGCAUCGUUCACAUUUGUACAGCACAAACUUAAGACUUUGCCUGAUUUCUUUCACGUUUUUUUGUUUUUCUUUUUUAACGACAAUCCCUGAAGUGUGAUCAUUGGUGUGGUGUGAUUUUAUUCUCUGAUUGGGAGAUGAUUUGUGGCAAAAAAAAAAAUUAAAAAGAAAAACACACACAAAAAAAAAAAAAAAAAAUGAAAUGUUGUUUUGAAAUUCCAAACCAACAAACAGGGUUAAAGGUGCGUUGUGUAAUUGUCCGUGAAAUGCUUUUUUUUUUUCAUGGAGAUGUUAUUUUUUUGUCUAGAAUGUUCCGCAGUAUGGCUUUAAACUUUUCUAUCAUCAUGGAAACCAAACCAGGCGAAGUUACAGGGCAGAUCUGUGGAGAGGCGACGCCGCUCAGAGUCAGAAUGUUGUUUUUCUAGGUAUUUUUGAGCUUUAAAACCAGCUGUAAUUGGAUAAACAUAAAGUAGAGCUGCUUAAAGUCAUACUGCGGAACAUUUUAAUAAGUGACAAGUGACGUCGCCUGAGAAACAAGCAUAGAAACGGACCCCCCCCCAAUCGAAAAGUUACACAAUGCACCCCUGAUGAGCAGAAGAUGCAUGAUUUGUACUCAUGCUUCAGCUUUGGCCAAAUCUUCCACUGAAUUCACUGAUUUUGAUUUCGUGAUUUGCUGAUUUUGGGCUGUGACGUGUGUUUCCAUGCGGGCCACUGUACUCUGUAUGAUCUGUUAUAUAUGUACAUUGUUGUUGUGCUGUAAACGCACCUUUCUGUAUAUACUGUUGAGCUUAUGAGAGCAAUUUAAUGUGAAUUAAAGUUUUCGACUGCGACAGGGA